UCGUCAUCACGCACAGUUGCCAAACAAGAAGCCACGUUGACGAACUGGACUGAAGUCGACUGCUGCUGUUUACCCCAGAAAAGAAAAGGAAUAACAAUUUAAACGAGUGUUUUCACGCUUCCGACAGACAUUAGUUAGAUAUGUCUUCGCCGCCGAAGGAGAAAAUCGAGACCAAAGGAGGACACCUCCCGGCUGUAAAGGCAGGGGGGAUGAGGAUAGUGCAGAAGCACCAGGGAGCAGCUCCACCUGAGACCCCUCCCAUCGUAGACGAGGACGAGGACUUUGUGGAGGAACCUAGCCCACCAAAGCCCACUGUGGUCGUUUCAGGAGUGGUUACAAAGGGUGAUAAGGACUUCACCCCUGCAGCGGCCCAGGUAGCUCACCAGAAGCCCCAGCCGUCUAUCACCAAGAUGCCCCAGAACCAGCACCUCACUCAGCACAUUCACCAGCCCCGCAAGUGAGGCUACCGCCAAGCUUACCCUCCCUCCACUAACUCUGCUACAACUGGCCUCACAAGUAAUCACCACAAACACAGAUCUACGAUCAGUUUUGUGUUUACCCCGUCCAAUGCUUAAGUAAAGAUUUGAGGAAGGGAAGCUGAUCCUAGAUCUGUGCCUAAGGGAAAGCCAACGCAAUGUGAUCAAUGGACCACAGCAGCCUACCGACCAACCCAACAACCAAUCAUAAGCCAGAGAUGAGCUCAAGCUCCUGCCUUCCCGCCACAACUGUCCUCACAGACCAUAGUAGCCAGAAAGCAGCUUCUUAAGCCUGCAACCCACCAAUUAUGUGCCAGAAAGCAAAGUGAAAGAAACGGUGUGGAACCACAGAAACAGAAAUCAACCAAUCAAAGAACUACAGAAACCCAAUCAAGCAUGCACCCAAUCUUCAUAUGUGCUCAGGUUACCAGGGCAACCCUUGUUAAGCAUUCCAUAUGAUUCCAUUUCCUCUUUGUUCUUAACUUUCUAUGAACUAAGAACCUGUCAUCAUAGAAAAUGAUAGAGGCCUCUAGUUGCGUAAAGGCAGCCUUUGCAUGGGCAGCGAAAUUAAGGCCUUCCACCAUUUUAAUGUAGUCAAUCGAGUGGGACAUCCAACUUCAUUGGCUGAUCCCUCCUGGUGAACCUGUUGGAGUCAUGUCCAACCUGGUCAUCAGGAGGGAUCAGCCAAUCGUGACGUAGAAGAAAACUGACAACUUCAAAAUUGAGAUUAGGGUUGAGGUGCUAUAAUGGCACAGAUACAAGAUGAGUCUCUAUGGUUGUCAUAGACCGCAAAUACACACCAUCCCGUUUAUGCCAGGUGUUGUUCAUGUCAACUAUAAUUUCAGACUUUAUUUAAUCAAGAAGGAUUUUUAGUUUAUAAAGUGUAAAAAAAUAUAUUAAAAAAUCCUUAGUCUGUGAAUGGACUUAGGUGUGGUUGUCAUAAUAAAUAAAGAUUUAACUUUAAA